GAACAACCCAGAAACUAUUGUCACGCUGCAACCCAUCUGCACACUGCACCAUGAAAGUCUCCACAGCGUUUCUGUGCCUGCUGCUCACAGUCUCUGCUUUCAGCGCCCAGGUGCUCGCCCAUCCAGGUAUCCCAAGUGCCUGCUGCUUUCGUGUGACCAAUAAGAAGAUCUCCUUUCAGCGACUGAAGAGCUACAAAAUAAUCACCAGCAGCAAAUGUCCCCAGACAGCCAUUGUCUUUGAGAUCAAACCUGACAAAAUGAUAUGUGCGGACCCCAAGAAGAAGUGGGUUCAGGAUGCCAAGAAGUACCUGGACCAAAUAUCCCAAACUACAAAGCCGUAAUCAUCGUGCUUGAGAUGACAAACCAGAAAAUUGCUUGAUUUAUUUUUCCUUCCUAAAAUGCAUUCUGAAAUAAUAUUAUUAUUCCCCAAAGGGAUGACUUUUAUUUAAUAAUUUUAAAAAGCAAAUUGCAUUUAAGUUAUCAGUCUUUAAACAUAUCUUUUAUGUAUAUCACUCAUUUUUAAAGGUUGCCUUGCUCUCUGUGAACUCCCAUCCGGUACCCUGCCAUGUGUAGGAAAUGUGACUCCAGGCUUGCUGGAGACUCUUUCUCCUACCUCCCUGGACUCUUGUAAGGAUCCAACAAAGACCAUUGAUGUGAAAUUGCCUUUUAAUUUUCAGAGGACAUUGUUCUUGUGAAGCCAGGUUGUGAUUCACAGUGAUGAGUGGAAGUAAAUGUGUUUUCAGAAUACAUGAAAUAUAUACAUACUUUAUUACUGCU